CAGCCAAGGAGGCGCUUCCCUUGCCCCCUUCCUACUCGCUCCCCUUGCGCUCCUCCUCCUAUCUCCGUUGGCCCGGGCCUCGCUGCGCUCCUCCCGCCGUCGCGCCUCAUUCUCCACGGCCGCCCAAACCCUAGUCCAAUCCCAUUGGAACCACCGCCGCUGCUUCCUCAUCCGUACUUCAAAAUCGAGACCUAGCCCGCCGCGGCACGGGCCAGUCCGUAAGGCGCUGCACCAAGUAGCUAGGGUUUUGGCCGCCCCGGGCCAUGGAAUUCGAGGCGGACGGCGCCCGGUGGCCUGAGCCGCGAGGCGGCGCCGCCGAGGCGCCGCCACCGCCGCAGGAGCGCGGCGAGGCCCCUUCUCCCCGCUUCGAUUCGUCGCGUGCCCUAAGAUUGCUGAGAGAGCUGGACAGAAAUGUAACAGAGGAUUUGGUUGUGCUGAUGCCAAACUUACUGUCAUUUUUGAAACAUGACGAUCCUGCAGUUGUUAAGCAAUCUAUAGCUAGUGGGACAAAUUUAUUUGCUGCUGUAUUGGAAGAGAUGGCACUUCAGGUCAACGAGUGUGGAAGAGUUGAUGCUUGGCUUGAAGAGAUGUGGGCUUGGAUGAACCAGUUCAAGGAUGCAGUAUGUGUUAUGAUGCGUGAGCCUGUUCCUGUUGCAUCUAAACUACUCGCUGUAAAGUUCAUUGAAACAUGGAUCUUGUGCCUCACACCUCAACCCAACAGUGACCGGAUGCAGCCUAUUGAAGGAAAGAAUCGAAGGUUUGAUGCUUCCCGAUUAGCUAAAUUUCACCCUAGCCUUGAUCCCGUUGUUCUGGAAGCUGAUGCAAACAGGGCUUUCAUCAUCCUUGUGGAUAUUGUGCAAUCAGCUUUUGCUCAUCGAGGAUCCUUCCUAGUUGGCACCAUUAAUUCUCUUGCAGCUAUUGGAAAGAGUAGGCCGGUUUACUAUGACCGUGCCCUUUCAGUGUUGUUUGGGUUUGACCCUAAUUUGGAGACCUCAAAAGGAGCCCAUUCAGCAAGCCUGAAAUAUUCCCUGAAAACAGCUUUUUUAGGGUUUCUACGGAGUCCUUGCCAGGCAAUGCUUGAGUCCAAGGACGUUCUAGUAAAGCGCCUUCGAGCUCUGAGCCCAGGUGAAGCAACAGAACAAGUUAUUAGGCAGGCAGAGAAGAUGUCUAGAAAUAUAGAGCGCGCUUGUCGUACUAACAAGGACGAGCAUCCGACGUGGGAGAUGUCAUAUGGCGAUGUGAAUCGAAAGAAUCCUGCUGGCAGAUCAAGUGACACUCUAGCUAUGGCCGAGGGCAUAGCUAAAAGAGCAAGAUUUGAGAGCUCUGCAGCUUCGAAUCAGCUAGUUCAGGGAAUACCUGAUUAUUCUGACAUGCAGAUUGAAAAUGACGCCAAUAUGGGUCAUUCCUCUGACCCAUCUCUCUUGAGCACUGAUGUAUCUCCUGUUGAGAAGAUGAUUGAAAUGAUAGGUGCUUUACUUGCUGAAGGGGAAAGAGGAGCUGAAUCCCUUGGUAUUCUCAUCUCAUCAGUAGAGUCAGAUGUCAUGGCAGACAUUGUAAUUGAAACAAUGAAGCAUCUACCUGAAGCACCAUUUCCAUUAGCUAGAAAUAAGAGUGUCCCUCAACCAAAUUUGCAACCCCCCUCCAAUCCCUUACCAGAGAACUUACCAGGCAAUCUGCACUCUUUGCCCUUUACGGCACAAUCAGUACCAUCGGCAGAUGGAACAGGCAUUUCACCACCUGAGGUCCUUGUCAUGCCUGGUGUUUCUGAUUCAAAGCGUGACCCAAGAAGAGAUCCUCGUCGCCUUGAUCCACGGCGAACAGUUGCACCUGCUGCUACUAGUCUCAUACAGAUGACGGUGGAAAUGACCAGUGUGCACCAGACAAAUUCUUUGUCAAAUACACCUUCUCCUCUUCCCGGGAAGAUUGAAAAAUGUGCAGAUUAUUCAGGAGACCCACCAAAAAUUGAAGUUGAGGAACAUCCAUCUUCAAAGCCUCAUCAGGCAAUGGACAAAGGGAGAUCCGAGUUGUUGGAUGAUGCCACGGAACUAGGGACAAAUUUUGAAGUGCACCCACCGGUGGAAGCCGAAUUUCCUUCUUCUGAUGUCAAUGAAGAGAUGAACAAUCCCUUGACACCAGAAGCUAUUUCAAACAAUGGAUAUGAUAGUAUGGAUUUCGAUGUCGAUCCUUUUUCACCAGUCUCCAAGACAUCUACACCAGAGGAUACUAAUCAUGAGUUGCCUCUUCUUCCAUCUCAUUUGGAAUUAAUUGACAGUGAGAAAAUCUCAUUGCACAUAUUAGCUGUUAGGCGGAUAAUUGAUGAUUACAAGAAAAAUAGCCUCAAUACAAGAUUUUCCUUGCUUGCUCAUUUGGUUGCUCAGAGUACUGCUGAUGAUAAUAUUAUGGUUUUGAUUCAGAAUCACAUUAUCUUCCAUUAUCAUGACCAGAAGGGGCACGAACUGGCUAUGCAUGUGCUGUAUCAGCUGUACUGUGCCAAUGUUGCUGAUGCACCAGAAAGUUCUAUAUCUACUUCCGAACAUUACGAGAAAUUCUUUAUAUCACUUGCAAGGUCGUUGAUUGACUCGCUACCUGCUUCAGAUAAAUCUUUCAGUAAACUUCUAUGUGAUGCCCCAUGUUUGCCUGAGUCUCUGUUUAGAUUCCUUGAGGGUCUUUGCAUGUCACAAGGCAACAACCAACAAACAAAGGACAAUGAGGGUGACCGUGUCACUCAAGGCCUGGGAACAGUAUGGAGUCUUAUUUUAGUGCGGCCUCCACUGCGGCAAGCUUGCUUGGAUAUUGUUCUGAAGUGUGCUAUUCACUCUCAAGAUGAAGUCAGAGGAAAGGCGGUUAGAUUGGUUGCGAAAAAACUCUAUGAUCUAACAUAUGCAUCAGAAAAAGUUGAGCAGUUUGCCACGGACAGUCUUCUGGCAAUUGCUAAUAAGCAUGGUGUGGAGACAGAUGUUAACCUCACAACCUCAAAAGAAUCUACAUCAGAGGUUGAAGUAAGCAGCCAGGAAGCUUCAGUUAGUGGUUCCCAGAUUUCGGAUGCUGGACCUUCUGAAAGUGGAUCUACUAUGACCUCUCUGGUUUCACCUAAACAAUCAGUAAUAUCGGUAUCCGAGGCCAAACGCCACACUUCAUUAUUUUUUGCACUUUGCACAAAGAGACCCACUCUACUUCAACAGCUGUUCAAUGUUUAUGGAGGGUCUCCAAAAGUUGUUAAGCAGUGUAUCCAUUGGCAUAUGCCCACUCUUGUAAGAAAUCUGGGAUCAUCAUGUCCUGAGAUGCUGGACAUUAUUCAUAAUCCACCCGAUGGCAGUGAAGAACUUGUUACUAUGAUACUGCAAACACUGACCGAAGAAUCAAAUCCUUCAGCCAACCUGGUCGUGGCUGUUAAACAUCUGUAUGAGACCAAGCUGAAGGAUGCAUCUAUUCUCAUUCCAUUGCUAUCCUCAUUUCCGAAGGAAGAGGUGCUGCCCAUAUUUCCGAGACUAGUUGAUCUCCCACCUGACAGGUUCCAAGAUGCACUUGCUCGGAUAUUGCAGGGAUCUGCUCAUACUGGUCCAGCGUUAACCCCUGCUGAAGUUCUGAUUGCAAUUCAUGAUAUUAAUCCAGAAAAGGACAAAGUUCCUCUAAAGAAGGUCAUAGAUGCUUGUACUGCUUGCUUUGAGCAGCGUACAGUAUUUACUCAGCAAGUUCUAGAGAAGGCACUGAAUAAACUGGUCGACGAUGUACCAAUUCCUCUUCUUUUUAUGAGAACAGUUAUUCAAGCACUUGAUGCUUUCCCAGCUUUGGUUGAUUUUGUCAUGGGAUUACUUUCCAGGCUUGUCAAUAAGCAGAUCUGGAAAAUGCCAAAGCUGUGGGUUGGGUUCUUGAAAUUGGCAUACCAGACUCAGCCACGCUCUUUUGAUGUUUUAUUACAGUUACCUCCACCGCAGCUUGAAGUUGCAUUGAAUAAGUAUCCGAAUCUUCGACCACAUCUUUCUUCCUUUGUUAAUCGGCAGAACUAUCACAACAAGUUGCCCAGACAUACUUUGAAUAUUUUGGGCUUUGUUAACGAACCACAGCAGGCACCAAUGCCAUUUGCACCUGCUGCAUUACAAACAGCAGACACGACUUCCUCUCUUCCUGGUGCAAACAUAAUGUGAAAUGUGAUGCUGGAAGUUGUAGCGCCGAUCAGGUGCAGUAGCGCCUUGUUCAUCACAGAUGGACAUUCGGAGAUAUAUGGGCGUGGAAUGACACAAAUGAAGACGGCAGUGCCCUUUGAUGCGUCUGCAGUUAAUGCCCAGCAGCGAUUCAACAGUCUCUCGUGGUUACCAUUAAAGGGUGGUCUGGGUCGAAUGCUUGGAAUGUGGUUGAUUAGAGGGUGGUCUAUCAUGUUUGUGUAUAUUAGCUGUAUCCUUGUGGAAAAAGGUAGUUCCAAUUGCAGGCUGGAGGCUUAUGUGGCUAGCAAAGGGCAGACCUAAUGAUUUACAAAUGACGAGGGAUAUUAUUUGAUCAGGCAUGCCUUCCUCCAAUGAGGAUUCUUGGUUAUUUGCAGCAGCAUUCUUUUGCAGGGAGCCCACAAUUGACUGACUGACCCUAACCAUUGCUGCUGUCCUAACAGUCUGUCUGUGUAUUGUAAUAUUGUAUAUUAUCGAUUGAUUUAGUUAGCAAGAAUAUUUACUGUCAUAUUUAAUCAAGCCUUUUGUUGUAGUAGAUGUCUUCUUUGAUACUUCCUUCUUUCCUAAAUAUAAGUCUUUGUAGAGAUUCUACUACGGAUUACAUACAAAUGUAUAUAGACAUACUAAAUAUAAGUCUUUGUAGAGAUUCUACUACGGACGAUUCUACUACGGACUAUAUACAAAUGUAUAUAAACAUAUUUUAGAAUGUAGAUUUACUUA